AUGCGUCGACGUUCUCUUUAUUACUUUACAAAUAUCGUCGUACCUUGUUUUCUUAUCAGUUGUAUGACACUACUUGGAUUUUUAUUAUCACCGGAUAGUGGUGAAAAAUUAACCUUGCGUGAGUUAGAAUUUGAUGAUAAAAGAAUUGUUCUUAUACAUUUUAAAUCUUCAGAGAUAACAACUCUUCUAAGUGUUGUUAUGUUCAGUUUACUUCUAUCGGAUAUUCUGCCACCAAGUUCAACUGCUAUACCGAUUAUUACUGUUUAUUUCAUGUGUGUUAUGAUCUUGUCAGCAGUAUCAGUUGUUGCAUCAGUAUUAAUAUUAUCACUUCAUAAUCGAAACUCUAGUAAUUAUACAAUGCCAUCAUGGGUUCGUAAGUAUAUUUGUAACUAUUUGGCGUGGCUAUUAUGUAUGAAUCGACCUAAUCAUGAUUUGACUUGGCAUUCGAUUCGUCGUCGAUGGGCCUCUUCACAACAAGAAUCGAAUACUAUAAAUGGAUCGAUGAAUUAUCAUCAUUUUAAGAUUCCUUCUGAACCAUUAUUGAACAAUUCACUCGAGUUGUUAUCAACCAAUGAUAUAAAUAUCGACAAGAAACCUUUAGAAUUCGCUGUACCUCCAGCAACGGAAAUUCAUGGUUCUCGUUAUCAGCAAAAUGCAUCUAAUGAAUUGUAUACAUGUGAUACAGAAAUGAAUCGUUCUGAGUUACGUUUUAUUAUUUCUCAACUUGCUAUCCUUGUUAAUUAUUCUCAACAAAAAGAGAAAGAUGAUAAUGAAUCUCAAGAUUGGCAAUUUGUGUCAAUGGUCAUGGAUCGUCUUUGUUUAGUAGUUUUUGCUAUAAUCAUGCUUCUUUUUACUGCACUUACUUUUCUUAACGUUUAA